GUUCCCGGGGGAAAGUCGGUUUCCGACCUCUGUUCCAUCUAAACAAGUUGUGGUUCGUGACUUUCAGCUGGGAUAGGUAUUUAGUUUUGUGUGGUAUUCUUGUAAGUUGUGAAAGGCUGAAUAAGAAACUUUUUUGGUUUGGCUUGUGUAUAUGUGUUUAAUAACCUGAAGCGGAAACUAGAGCUAUUUAAAAAACAAUCCCUGCAAUCUAGCACUUUCGUUUUAACUGUUCGUCUGAUGGAAACACUUGUAUUGACAUUUACAUUUUGAUUCGUUCCUGUUCGUUACGUUGGAGCUAUGAGUUCUAGACGGAACACAAAUGUUUCUUUACCCAAAGGAAAGAAAUAUCAUUUUAAUGUAAUAUAUAACAAUGCGAAAUCAAAACUGUCAACGACACCAGAUACAGAGUUGUCUCUGAAGGUCACAGAGUACUUCAUUGGACAAGCUAAGGGAUGGGGUUAUGACCACUCGUAUUACGUCGAAAGGGACGCUCUUCCCGGACAGAAUAUAUUCACAGAGCUGUUUCAUGUCAUUGAUUCGUCCAUGUACACCAUUGUCAUUUUGACACACGGUUUUUUAUCAAAUUGUUGGGCCAAAUAUUGCCAGCUGUCUGCUUUCAAAUCUUUACUAGACUCCACUGGGAGUGACCCUAUAAGUAUCAGCAGAUUGAUUCCUGUGUUGGUCGGUGUACGUGAUACAGAGCUGUUACAAAACUUGAGUUUGAAUAGAUAUGUAUCAUUUACAAUAACUGACUGGAGAACAGACAAAAAGGAAUGGGACAAAGUACGACAGAUGAUGCAGGAUGUAACGCUUAUUCCUGGACAAGUAACCCACCAUCCAAUUCAAGAAACUGGAACUCCUGGUACCAGAAUAACUCAUAUUGCCCAGGCAGAGGACACACCAUCCCUGAGCCAGUUUAACAGACCACCGCCUGAAACCGAUGGACCAAGGCCUUCUAAUGCAUCAUCAGCUGCUGCACGCGGUAGUAGAACACAGAGGGAAAUAUCUCAGAGACAAGAUGGACAAAGGUCUGGUUACAUUAAUACUCAGCAGGUUGCUGUAGGUGGAGCCUCAACCAGGGUCACACCCUCAACCAACUCACCCCAGACAGGAAACUCAGCCGGGGUCACAUCCUCGACCAGCUCACCCCAGACAGGAAACUCAGCCGGGGUCACAGCCUCGACCAGCUCACCCCAGACAGGAAACUCGGCCAGGGUCACAGCCUCGACCAGCUCACCCCAGACAGGAAACUCAGCCGGGGUCACAGCCUCGACCAGCUCACCCCAGACAGGAAACUCAGCCGGGGUCACAGCCGCGUCCAGCUCACCCCAGACAGGAAAUGCAAGCAGCAAGGAACCAAACCAGUCUCAAGAACAAGACUUGCUCCGGAGGGAGAUAAAAUCAACUACACAUGUUAUACAAGUGCAAACAGAACAAAAUACAACUUCAUACUCCUCCCUACCAGCUCAGCAGUUUAUAAGUAGCCCUCCGGGACCAACCAUCACUAUGCCAGUGGGGGCUAGUGCUGCUGUAAGGGAAAAUGUUGGCCCGCAAAUGAAAGAGGAAGUUACCCGUUUAGAGAGUCAGAACCUCUCAAACGACAUGCCAAGUGUGGGUCAGUCCAGAAGUUCAAAGGUUAUUCCCCCUGGUGACAUUUCUGGUAACCUUAGCCAGAAUCCGCCAGGUUCUCCUGAGGAAACGGAACAGAAACAGCUAGCCAACACCGUUACAACAGGAGCAGAUCAAAGUACCAGGAGCACUCCAUUUUCGGACUCUGGAAUUGGAUCAACUGAUACCACGCCCAGUCCCUCGUUGGACCCUUUUUCUGCUAUGACAUACCAGUUUGAAGAAACUUUAUCUUCACCACAGGAAGAAAUUUCAGCAGUACUCCAGGAAAAAUCUCAUUGUGGAACAACUUUUUCCAAUCAGAUGUCUGCUCCACCCAAUACGCAAAUUACAAAAACGGAUGUAAGCCAAGAUCAUACAGGAACACCCACAUCACUGUUGCCUGGCCACAUGUCUGAUUCUGAGGCUAGAACUAGUAUCAGUUCCAGUAGGAAUGAAGGUAUGUCAGAAACUGGUAAUACAACCACAUCUGACAGGAUAUUGGACUCCAUAGGAAGUAUGCAGAACCAAUCGGAUUUGGAUUUCGAUCACGGAAGCCUUCCUUCAGGGGGUGGUCCUACAGCAGUUCUCAAUGCAAAAUCUCAAAGAGAUCCGACUUCACCGAAGGGAGACCACUCCGAUCAGACAUCUGCCAGGGGAGAUAACUCUGAUGAAUCAGCAAGAGAAAGUUUGUUGGAGCAAGCAGCUGAAGAAUCUGUAGCCAUGGUUUCUGAACACAACAUUGAAUUAUUAUUAUCAAGUUCUAUUCAUCCUAUUGAAGACAAGGACGAUUUCACGUCAAACAGAUAUGAACAGUUGGUGUCGGACAAAGAGGAAACCAUUCCACAGAAAUUGUCAGAAUUCGGCAAAAGUGAAGAGGUCUGUCGUAAAAGUGGU